UUAGGGUGCCGUGUAGGAAACAAUCACUAAACCCUAAAUACAUUCUUUAAAUAUUCUCUUCCUUCAGGCUUUGAUCACCGAACCCUAGUUUCUCUCGAUCAUCGAUUCGCUUCUUCUUCUUCUUUAGAUACUGAUCGAAUCGCCAUGGCAAAAAACUCCUUCAAGCUUUCUAACCCUCUGGAGGUGAGAAUGGCUGAAUCUACUCGUAUCAGAGAGAAGUACCAAGACAGAGUUCCUGUGAUUGUGGAGAAAGCUGGACAGAGUGAUGUUCCUGACAUUGACAAGAAGAAGUAUCUUGUGCCAGCUGAUCUAACCGUUGGACAAUUUGUGUACGUUGUGCGCAAAAGAAUCAAGCUUGGAGCCGAGAAAGCGAUCUUUGUCUUUGUCAAGAACACGUUACCUCCAACUGCUGCAUUGAUGUCUGCAAUCUAUGAAGAACACAAAGACGAAGAUGGGUUUCUCUACAUGACAUACAGUGGAGAGAACACGUUUGGAUCUGCCUCUGCUAAUAUUGCUCUGCCAUGACUUACUUUGAUCUUCUCUGUGAUGCUCUGAUUGUACAUUCGUUUUCCCCUCUAGCUUCUUUCGCUCCGAUAAUGGAUUUUUCUUUCUGUGGUUUUCACUGGAUUUGAACAAAUAUUCUAUUUUCAGUUAAUUUGAGACUCUGUUUACAUUGCU